AUGAAUCCACUCAGUUCAGAGAAGGAAAUGUUGAUUGAUGAAAUCGAACAGAGUUUAUUUACUUUAACCGUGGACAAUUUACGUUACCUGUGUGAACGUCAUAGACAAGAUGGCAAAGAUGGAUCUGAAAAUAAAGGGAUGAAUCAUCGCUUAUUAAGGCGUAAAAUCAUGGAGGAAAUGUGGGACAAUACGGAUUCAAUGAAAUCGGAGGAGCAGGGAAUGUCUUGGUUAGUCCAACUGAAAGAGGACAUCAGGAGGAUACUGGAGGAUGCUAGCGGUGCACUAAUGAGUCCCAGCCAGUCCGAUGAUGAUGCUGUAGACCUUGACGAAGAAUGCGACAAGGAGGACAGUGAUUGGUUGCCUAGCAAUGGACUGAAGGUGGAACACUUGAGUUCCAGCCAAUCCGAUGAUGACGCUGCACACUGCAACAAAGACUGGGAUGUGGAGGAAAAGGAUUGGUUGGCUAGCGAUGGCCUGGGGGCGGUGUCAGCUCCAGAGAGGUGCACACCAGAGCAGAAAGUGAGAGGCGUGAGUAUUUAUUUUCCCAGUCAGAAAAUGAUUCAUUGACCUCCUUCUAUAAAUGCAUUGGAGAAGAUUCAAGGUUCUUCCUCUUGGAAUUUCUCCUCCAAUGUAUUUAAAAAAGGAGUCAAAGUAAUCAAGAAUGAGAGCAAUCACAUUUUGAGACUUCAAACGUCCUUGACAGGUAGGAGAGUGUUUCCCAGUCUGAUUCAUUCUGUCUCUAUUUCUGUAAUGUCCAGGACAAGCCUCCUCCACCCCCCUCCAGCCUCCCAGAGUCCCCGGGUCCUGCCUCUCCCGGUAGUGCUUUACUGUGGGGUCUGAAGACAGUGUCUGUGCGGCUGGUCGACUGCAGGAAAACACCGGGGCAGAGUGGCCAUAUAAUACACAAGACAACACAGACAGGAGAGAAACCCCACAGCUCGUCUAAUGCUGGAGAACCCAAAACCCUCUCAGGAGACAGGCCUAGCUCCCAUAUCUGUGAUCACUGUGGGAAGAAUUUUACCACAGCAAGACGUCUACAACUACACAUACAGUACCUGAAGAGAUCCAGUGAUACCAUCACUGCAGAGAAACCACACGUGUGCUCUGAAUGCGGAAAGGGAUUCUCUCAGGCCUACAGUCUUAAGAUACAUUGGAGAACUCAUACUGGGGAGAAACCGUACGUUUGUCAUCAGUGUGGGAAGGGUUUCACUGAAUCUGGAACCUUAAAGAGACACAUCAGAACUCACACAGGUGAGAAACCAUUCCACUGCCCUCGUUGUGGGAAGGACUUUAUUGAAUCUGGGGGCUUGAAGAAACACAUCAAAAGAGCUCACCCAGGAGAGGAGGUCGUUGUGAAGAGCCUGGUCCCUCAGAAGAGCGUCCAUACCGGAGAGAAACCUUACGAUUUCUCCUCUGACGACUGUGGGAUGAGCUUCGCUACCUCACGCGAACAGAGACUACGUCAGAGAAAACACACAAGAGAGAAGCUUCGCAGCACGCCUAA